UGGUGCGUGGCCAGGUUCCCUUCCUUUGGGCUCGCACGCUCGCAGCAGCGGCGCUGCUGAAUCCAGCUGUGUGCCACACUCCAGGAUCUGCUCCUGCCUGCAUCACUGGGAUCUGCUGAGCCCACACACACAGGAGGCUUUUGGAGGCAUCUCCAGGGUGGAGAAGCACAGGUGCAGCUGUGUUGAAGAGGGGCUGAAGAUGGAUUGUUGCUGGUGGGCUCAGUCCCUUCCAGCCAGGGACUGUGUCCGUCCCGUGGGGAAGGUGUAGGCAGCGUCUGGAAUGGGGUGCCAGUGCCAGCCUGCUCUGGCCAGCCUCUGGACAUGAGGAUGUGGCUGCUGUUCAAGGGCAUCCCCUGAUGUGCCCGCAGUACAGGCACUCCUGGAUGCACAGGAUCACAACCAAAGGGACACAGAAGUCCUGGACACCCUGCUCUGUGUGGACUGACCUGAGCUCUCUGCCUUUGUAGCUGACCAGGGCUUCACCUGAAGAUUUUUAAACUGACAUCAGAAUUGCUGAUCAGACUGGCACUAUGUGGGCGAGCUGCUGUAACUGGUUCUGUGUGGACGGCUCCCCCGAGGAGAUGCAGCCGCCGCCGGCAGCCCAGGCCUACUCCAACCCUGGCUACAGCUCCUUCCCCUCUCCCACGGCCUCUGAGCACAGCUGCAAAGCCUGUGGGAGGCACUUCGACAGCUCCUCCAGCAAGCACAUCUGCUUGGACUGCAAGAAGAACUUCUGCACAUCCUGCUCAAACCAGCCCGAGGGUGGGCCCCUGCUCUGCCACCUCUGCCAGCGCUUCCGAGCCACGGCCUUCCAGCGGGAGGAGCUGAUCAAGAUGAAGGUGAAGGAUCUGCGAGAUUACUUGGCCCUCCAUGAGAUUUCCACAGAGUUCUGUCGUGAAAAGGAGGACCUGGUAUUCCUGAUCCUUGGCCAGCAGCCUGCAAUUACCCAGGAAGAUCAGAUAAGAACAAACACAUUUAAUAGCAGUGCUCGUGAACAGCAGGACUUUGUGAGUCACCCCCCAACCAACCUGGCCUCUCCUACCUCACACGAUGAGUCCUCAGUGUCUGCAGAUCCCAUCUCAAGUUCAGAAGCUCAGGAACACCAACAGGCCAAUGGUCAUGUGCCUCCGAGCCCAGCCUGUGGAACAGCAGCUGAGAAUGCAGCAGAAGAAGCAGCAGCAGAGGAUGAGAUACAGUCCAGUGACUCCGAGGAUAACCUGGUGCUGGGCAGGAAGGCCUCCCUGUCUGACCUGACGAGCGUCGGGGACAUCAACGCGCUCUCCGUGCGGCAGCUCAAGGAGAUCCUCGCCCGCAACUUCGUCAACUACAAAGGCUGCUGUGAGAAGUGGGAGCUGCUCGAGAGGGUCACGCGCCUCUACAGAGAGAAGGACCUUCAGCAUCUAGUUUUGGACACUGACGAUCAAACUGGUGCUGCUGGGCCCCCCAGCAGCGAGGACAACCUGUGCAGGAUCUGCAUGGACGCUGCCAUCGACUGCGUGCUGCUGGAGUGCGGGCACAUGGUGACGUGCACCAAGUGCGGCAAGCGCAUGAGCGAGUGCCCCAUCUGCCGCCAGUACGUCAUCAGGGCCGUGCACGUCUUCAGGACAUAGAGCUGCCUCUGGCCUCAGGGCUGCUGUGCCUUACAGCCUCGUGCUCUUGGGGAAAGGGCCAACAUCCCUGCCAACAGCUACCUUGAUUAGUGUGGACCCUGCUGCAAGAGGGAAAGAGGAAGCCUGGGGAAAGUGCUCUGCUCAAGCCGUGCCCGGCUCUGCUCAUCGCAGCAUCGUGCUUUACACCACAGUGCCUGGACUCCUUGGAGCUCAUUGCCAGCAAUCAUUAACCACCUCCAUCCUAGGAUCGUUUGAGGACAGAUGGAUGCCCAGCUUUCCACCAGGAAGAUCAGCUCCAGAGGCUUUGUAUUUCCCUCUGAAUAAUAAAGUGAACUGGGGUCUCAAAAAGUGUCCUUUGUUUUGCUGCUCAGGCUCUGCCCAGCAACAACUUGAUUUUCGAAGAUUAAAAUCUCACUGUGCUUGUUAAUUUAACUUUUUUUUAAAUUUAAUGUAAAAUUGUUGUGCUUGCAGGACAGGCAGACCCUCCCUGCUUUCCCUAAUUCCAGCCUAGUGCAAUUGUGGAAAAAUGUGUAAUUUUGUAUCAAGGUUGUCUUUGUAUUAUUGAAAACUGUCGGGGAGGGAGGCUGGGAAGGCUCAGCCUUGCCCUGUCUGCUGGGUUUUUGUUUCUGUGCCAGAGGGAGGUUUCUGGUUUGUUUUUGUCGACUUUGACUUCACAGCACGUGCCAGGGGUGGGGCUCAGACUGAACUGCCCCCACUUGACCAUGGAGCUGUAAAUCCACGGCUUGAGUCUUGCCCAGGCUUUAGUGAGGAACCACAGAGCUGCAUAGUGAGGACUGCAUUGCUACACAAUCAUAUUUAAGUACAGGUGACUUUUUCUUUUUUUAGAAGGGACUAAUGGAAGAAAGCCUUUGUCUCCCUUGGCUCCAUGAGCAAUCUCCACUGCAGAUCAGCUUCCCCCAUCCUCCCCAGGGCUGUUUCACAGUUCUGUUACCUUGCACUGCUUACCAAAAGCAGUUUUGUCCUUUCUGCUGGUGAGGGUGGGGAGAGGCUGUGGCCUGAUCCCUGACAGCUCUCCUGGCACUGUGCUCAGCUGGAGGAGACUUGCUAGAGGAGUAGUCUGGCAGUUCCUGCUGGAGGUGACUAACUGGUGUAUUUUCCCCUCAGGGUCCAUCAGCAGGGCACUGUGCCCUCCCUGCAGGGCAGCUGAGGCUGUCCUGGCUGCUCUGGGCCAGGGCUGGCUCUGUGCUCCAGCCUGGCUGCCAGCAGGGACCGGCACAAAGGCAGAGGGGCUCUGCAGUGACACCCUCAGCUCCUGGGGCACUGAAGUGCAGCUGAGGGACAGCAGCAGAGCUCCUGGGCAGUGGCAGUGCUGGCAGCAGCACACGGACCUGCUGUGCUCUGCACAGGGGCAGUUCCAGCAGCAGAGCUCCUGUGCAGUGGCAGCAGCACACGGACCUGCUGUGCUCUGCACAGGGGCAGUUCCAGCAGCAGCAGCUCAGCUGCAGGGUCUUUGCUCUGGGAGCUGCAGCCAAAAGAGCACCUGGGAUGAGAAAUCCAUGGCUCAGGAGGCAGCAGGAGGGAGCCAGGAAUCUCUCACUGAGCUGAUCUCAGAAUUCCACAAAACUGCAGCAGCUGCUGCUGACUGAACUCAGCAUUCUGAGUCCUACCUCUGUCCCAGGUCAGGCUGUUCUUUAAUCUGAAGGUUGAACAGAUCCAGCAGGAGAACAAAGUGAACAAGUCAGUGCAUCCUGACAGAGAAAGGGCAGGUAAGAAGUGACUCUGUUUGCUCUGGAGAGAGCACUGGGACCUGGAGGAGCUGCAGGAAUACACCAUGUGCUGAACAGCCUCUUUGAGGAAAUCCACUGUGAAAAUUCAUGUCGUAUUUUUCAGUAAACUCAGGGCUGGGGGAAUGUAGCAGGAAGAUGAUUCCCCUAUGGACAGAUGUGCUUUCCUUGUAGAGGGUAGGCUUAUUUUCUACAGCAGUUAAAUCAAGCUGCAGGUAAUGCCUGAAAUUUUAGGGAUGAGAAGAUCCAACCACCCUGAAUUCCAAAAUGUGCUUUGUGAAGGGAGGACUCUUCUUGUUUCCCUUGUAAAAAUGGAUUCUCUACUUAUGGAUAUGAGUGAGUUAUUUUUAAAGGAAAAUCAAAACCUGGAGGAAACUGAUUAAUGAUCCAAAGGAAUAUAAUGUUCUGAACUAAUAAAGUAAAUGGAAAUAUUUAUGUGCUUUAUGUACACUGUACAUUGUUUAAAGAUUUUAAAACUUAAUAUUCUACUUGAAAGGGCAUGUUAUUCACUAUUAAAUCCUCUGGUACUACGACAGUUCAACUUACUAGUUUUGGUACAGAAGUUUGGUUUAUAAUUUUAUAAUAAAGUUGAAUUGUGAUUUA